UUUUCUUUAUUUGUAGAAAUUUUGUUAAUUCGACUAAAAAAUGACCAUUGAAGAUGACAUGGAAGCAUUUCGUGUGUGGGCUACAAAACUAGGUUGUCCCCCCGAUGCAAUACCCAGUGAAGAUGCUUUAAAAUCUGUUUUUAAAUCUCGCCAACGGGAUUAUUUUUGCAAUUUGAUGCGUCGUGUUUGUCCUCGACAGGAAGUACAAGAUGUUAAGGAGAAUAUAUUGAUACAUAAAGUGGAAAAAAUCAAAGGACGUGUUGUGCCGGUCUCCGAACGUGCCUUUUUACCCCGGGAAAUGCAAACGCAUCUUAAGGUUCAAGAUCUAAAAAAGAAGCAAAAGGAUUUGCAACAACGUUUUGAUGAACGCAAAAAAGAAUAUGAAGCGCUGGCCGCUUCAAUUAAAGCUAAAAACAUUCAAGAAAUAAAUUUAGAAAAUAAGUGUGAUUUAUUGGAAGCUAAAGUACACAUUUUGGAUCUCAAGACUAAAGCACUGGAUAAAGAAAUUGAGAGAGAAGAAGAGAAUAAAGAAAAGAUAAAAGCCACAAUGCCAGUGAUCCUAACAAAUGAAAAUAAGAGUGAACAUAAUGCUGCAGAGGCCGUGAAUAAAGCUCUUAAAGAACUGGAAGAUUUCUAUACAUUUUGUCAAAAUAAUACUAAUGCCGUAGAAUUACAAGAAGCCAAGAAUAAUUUAUGGUCUAAUUUGCGUAAAAUGUUCACCAAUAUACCAGUAUUUCUCAUCUUUAAUGCCAUCAUGCGCUUAAAGGAGGAUCAAUUGCAAUAUAUAAUGGCCUUAAAUAAAACUGCAUCCAAUGAAUCUCAUAUAAACAAUGUCACUAAUAAUCGUGAAUCAUUGACAAAUUUUGAAUUAAAUCUGAUGAAAACAAAAUCGAGUUUUUUAAGUCUUGUGGGCAAAUAUUUGUCCGCGUGUCAAGAACGCAAACGUUUGGAGGAACAAUAUGUUAAGGCAUUUAGUGAAUUCGAAGAUAAGCUAUUGGAAAAAGUGAAAAUAUUUAAUGCUGAUACAGAUUCGGAACAUAAUGAAGCCAUUAUGCGUAACUAUGUAAUACAAUACUAUUCGUUGAAUUUUACCAAGGGUCAAAAUGAGUAUUUGCAGCAACAAAUUGAAAUGCUGAAAGCGGAGAUAGAUAACUCUAAUAAGCAUUUGGAUAAUCAUGAAAUACUUCUUGGUUCUAUAAAACAAGUUUACGGCGAAAUAAGUACUUCUGUUAAUCGGCUACAGUACGAUAUGAUGCAAUUAUCACAAAUUAAAGACAAAAUAAUUUAUUCGAAAAACAUUAUGAAGCAUCAAUUGGAUGAUUUAGAAGCAACAACUAACGUCAAAUCGAGCUUCAUACCCACCAAGUUAAAACUUAACAAUAACAAUAAUCAUUCACUACUGGGUGUUGACAGUUUUGAGAUGAGUAACGACAAUGUUUUCUGUAGUACAAAAUUGGAUUUUGAUUCUACUAUUUCCCCCUUGAACAAUUCAUCGUCACGACGUACUUUUGGAGCUGGUGACGUUACAUUAAUGCCUCAGGCGCAAAAUAAAAUAUUGACUCCCCACACUAUGGAAUUGAAUACGUUUUGUGACCUAUCAUUGGAGCAUUUAUCUUGUAUGAGUAAAGAAUGUGCAUUUUAUUUAUCACCAAAUCCCUUAAUAAUUGAAUCUCGUGAACUCACAUCUACAAUCCAGUUAGCUCCAGGCAUUUUAUUAACACCCUUUGGUGCCUUACAGGAAGUCCGCAAUCGUAUUUUGUGGGCGGAUUUAAUUGCACAACAUUCAAAUGAUUUGAAGAUAAACUUGGACACAUUUUUAGUUGAUCCACAAGCAUUUAAAGAGCGCGCUAAACAACAGCAUGAUCGCAUUAUUGAAAUAUUAGAUAAAAUUGAUGUUUGUUCAUUAAAUUCUUUGCGUAGCUUACAGAAAUUGACAAAAACUUAUGAUUUUCUAAUUGACAAUCCUCUGCGCCACUUCAUACCCUCAACAAAAUUGUUUAACAAUCAAUCAUAUGCAGAUUAUGAAGCUGAACUACUCAUGUAUAUUCGCAUGGCCACAACUGGAAAUUCCAUUAAGUAAAUGAUUUACGUUUGAAGUGGUACAAUUGGCAUGCUAAUUUUAAGGGAAUGUAUUCGUUUGUAUGUUUUGAUGAGUGUUUUAUUUUAAUAAUAACCCUCGGUCCCCUUUGUAAGGAGAGAAAAAAGACAUUGAUUGGACUUAGUUUAUAAUGUUAGUUUAAAUAUUAUUUGAUUUUUUAAUGAUGCCUGUGUGUGUUAUUUUAAAUAAAUUUUUAUAUAUGUUUACAGAUACUCAAAUCAAACCUUGAA